AUGAGCCCCACAGCCCUCAUCAUUGGCGCGACCCGCGGUCUCGGCUCCUCUCUAGCUCACGAAUACCUCCAAAAGGGCUACACUGUGUACGGCACGGCACGGUCCCCGACUCACCAGGAUGCGGACAGCUCCAAAGGCACGCGCUGGGUUCCCAACGUUGACAUCUCAACCGAGAACGCCGGCCAGACAAUCGCGUCCCACUUCAAGCAAGACAGCAACAGUACCGACAGCAUCGACGUCCUCAUCGUCUCAGCCGGCUACUUCGGCAAAGAGUCCUUUGACGCACCCGACUUCCAGGCUCAGCUAAAGAUGUAUCAGACCAGCGCGAUCGGGCCGGUCUUCCUCGUGCAGCAGCUCUUCAAGGCCGGCCUGUUGAAGCAGGGUAGUAAGGUUGUGCUGGUGAGCUCCGAAAGCGGGAGUAUCGGGCUGAGGCACGAGAGCGAGGGCGGCGGCAACUAUGGACACCAUGCUAGCAAGGCGGCACUGAACAUGGUGGGGAAGCUGCUGAGUCUGGAUCUGAAGGACGAGGGUGUCGCGGUCGCGAUUGUGCAUCCCGGGUUUAUGCGCACGGAGAUGACGAAGAGCGUGGGGUUUGAUAAGUUUUGGGACAAGGGAGGCGCGGUCGUGCCGGAGGCGGCGGCGAAGUCGUUGGUGGAGUGGGUGGACACUUUUGAUAUUGGGAAGACGGGGCAGUAUUGGGCGCCGAGGGGCCCUGGUGAUAUCGGCACGGCGGAAGAUGUUCUUGGUCCCAAGGACAAGCUGUCUACGCCUCUCCAACUGCCCUGGUGA